AUGGGAAAGAUUGCAACCAUGGAAUAUUUCCGUGUUCCACCACGAUGGCUGUUCGUCAAGAUCACAGAUGUGGCCGGCAACAUCGGAUGGGGCGAGGCUUCUUUAGAGGGACACACACAAGCCGUGGAGGGUUGUCUCGAUGCAUGGUUCGAGCGCUAUAUCGACUUCGAAGCAGACGAUAUUGAACAUAUAUGGCAGAUGUCAUGGCGUACCUCUUUCUAUCGAGGUGGUCCAGUGUUUAUGAGCGCGCUAUCUGGCAUCGACAUUGCUCUCUGGGAUCUCAAAGGCGAGAAACUUGGCGUUCCGAUCCACCAGCUAUUGGGCGGCAAGGUCAGGAAUAAGCUCAAGGUAUAUGCAUGGAUUGGAGGAGACAGGCCAGGAGAUGUUGUGGCCCAAGCCAAGGCAAGACGGGAGCAGGGCUUCCUUUCUGUUAAGAUGAAUGGUACAGAGGAUCUCGGCUGGCUGGACUCGCCAUCGGCCCUGGACGGCUGCGUGGAGCGAGUCAAGGCAGUCAGGGCACUUGGAAUGGACGCUGGAGUGGAUUUCCACGGCAGAGUGCACAUGCCAAUGGCGAAACAAUUGGCUAAGAAGCUUGAGCCUCAUACUCCGAUGUUCAUCGAGGAGCCAUUGCUGUCAGAGCACAUUGGGGGCAUCGAGACUCUUUCAAGGCUGUCGAGUAUCCCGAUUGCUUUGGGGGAACGUCUCCACAGCAGAUGGGAUGUACGCCCAUUUCUGGAAAAGGGCAUUGUAGAUAUCCUUCAGCCCGACGUCUGUCAUGUUGGUGGCAUAUCGGAAAUGAAGAAGAUCGCAGCCAUGGCUGAAGCCUACGAUGUCGCACUUGCGCCUCAUUGCCCACUAGGUCCUCUAGCCCUAGCCGCUUGCGUACAGGUCGAUCUUACCUGUCCCAACUUUGCCAUACAAGAGAUGAGUCUUGGCAUCCACUAUAACAGCACUGGACAGGAUUUAACUAGUUAUCACACUAACCCGGAAGUUUGGAAGGUCUCAGACGGUUACAUUGAUCUGUUGGACGGACCAGGUCUUGGCAUUAAUAUUGAUGAGGAAGAGGUUCGCAGACUGUCUAAAGACGCAAAUGCAUGGGUUUCUCCUGGGUUCAUCGGACCAGGUGGCGAAGUUAGAGAGUGGUAA